CCGCAUCAGCUGAAGUGUGUUUUCGGAGGCUAUGGCGACGGCCAUGGCGGCGGACGAACUGGAGUCCGUGCAGUAUGCGAUAUACAGCGAUGGAGUCUGUCUGCUGUCCUCGUCGCCAUCGCCAGGACCGCACUCCUCGCCUCAAGAGCUUCUCUACGAGCUACGGGACGCAAUUUUCUGUCACGUACAGCCGCUGCUCGAGGGUUACAUAUGGCAGCACCAGGGGUUCAAUUUGGAGGUCUCGAAGAGCAAGAGCGGCUUGUGGCACUUGGCAGGGUGUACCAAAUUUGGGGAUAAUGUAGAAGACGAAUGGUUCAUUGUGUAUUUGUUAAAGAGGGCAACGGUAAAAUUUCGGGACAUUUCAAUCACAGUUAGGGAUAAUGACGGAGAGUUUUUGCUCAUCGAGGCGGCGUACGUGAUUCCGCGGUGGUUAAAGCCGGAGAAUAGCCUAAACAGAGUUUUUUUGAGGGAGGGAUGGGUUCAUUUGGUGAGACGGGGUCCUGGGGAGAAAUCGGGGAAUUUAGGGGUGGAGGAGGCGGUGGGGUUGAUGAGGAAUGGAGGUGGGGCGACGAAGGCGAGUGAGGACGUGCAAGAGGCUAUUGCGAAGCGGAUCAAUGGGUAUCCCGAACAGGCGCGGGUGAAUAUGCACAAGGCAAGGUGUUUGGUUCCAGUACCUGUGGCGCAGGUUUUGCGGCACGAGCCUCAGAUGGUGUCCUUGGCUGUGGAUGCAUUUUAUCGCCGCGAUAUUGAUGCUAUGAAGGCUGCAACAAAGCUUGAAAAGUUUCUUCCUGUGCAAGAUGGCUCUUUAAGUUCCAAUGGUGACAUGGUUGAGGUUCUAGUGACCAUGUCCCGUGCCAUGUAUGCGCAACUCUACCAACAAAUGUUUGCCGCUCCUCGAAAGUACCCUAUGCCGGGAGUAGCAGAUCCCAGUUUCAAGGCAGCUGAACUUGGCAUGAAGCUUACAUGUGGCUUUGAGAUGAUGUACUGGGAGCGUCAAAGGUUCGAAGGCGAUGGUGUAGAUAUGAUUAAUGAAGCAGAAAAACUUAAGCAGGAGGACAAAGCUCCUUUUCAUGAUCCAGGCUGGGAAGCAUAUUAUAAGCGUUUAGAAAAGAGUGGCUACUUCCGAGACCUUUUGGAGGGAUCAAGGGAAUGGAAACAGCUGCUGCAAGCUGCAGUUGCGGAUUAUCGUCGAACCCAGGGUUUUGCCGCUACAAGCGCAGAUAUGCAGGCUCCAAUCAAGCGUGUGAAAGAGAUCCUUUCGUUGCCGCAUUCCGCAGCCGAUUUCACCGGUUCUCCUUUACCAGAGAGUGAUAGUGACGCAUGGCUGUACGAUGGAGAAGGCGACCUCGCAAAUGCUAUCAAUGAGAGACAAGCGGAGAUUGAUGCACAUGAGUCGAGGCGAGCAAUGCGUCCGAACCAAGCUGGAAGUGCGGAAGUUGGCGAUGGUGAGCCCCAGCCAGCUGGAGCCGCUGACGAACCCCUUUAUGAUCCACAGGAGCUGAUUCAGGGCAUACAAUCAUUCAUGAGCAAGAUAUCUAGCUAUGAGGGCGCUGAAUUUCCUGGUGAUGAAGCUGUUUCGUUAAACACAUCAAGGUUUAUGGAAGAGCUGGAGUCUGCCUUGGGAACGAAUGAAACAGCAGAUGCAAAGGACAUUUAUGAUGAUUCUGACUGGGACACUGAGCCAGAUGACGAUGAUGAAGAAAUGGCUGAUGAUGAUGAUGAAUUAAGAGCCAGCAACAGUUUGGGUAAUCCAGCAGGUGUUAGUCAGAUUGCAAGGUCGUCAAAAUCCAGCGAUGAUUUCAUGGAAGAAUAUUCCGAAGCCCUGCAGCGUGAGUUGCAAGGGUCAAGUCUUGCAAAGAGUUUCGAAACUCCCGAAAUUAAAGAUGGGCCUGCUAAGAUGAAUGACCAAGCACAGCAGAAAGAGAAAGACGAUGAUAACGAUGGCAUUGUGGAUGUGGACAUUAAUUUGGUCACGAGCUUGCUGCAAUCUUUUAUGAAUCAAGAAGGAAUGCCUGGACCAGCUUCUAACUUGCUGGGGGCCAUGGGCAUAAAGCUAAAAGAUCCAUCUAGCAUGAAACCGGAUAGCAGUGGGAAGUAAUUACAAGCCUGACGAGCCUCUAAUAUGAUAAUGUGAGUAUACUCUGUAUAUUCUCUUCAGUCAUUUUUACCUGAUCGCUUAAAGCCCUUACGAGAGUCUUUCUGGUUGUUCCCUAAUAUGUUCAGAGUUAGCUUAAGAGGAGAAAACCUCAAUUUGUUUUUCGAUGGACUCAAUUUGCAACAAAUCUAGAGGACUUGGUGCAUAAUCCAAACUCUGAACCCCACAGUUCUAAUUCCUAUCUUUAUAGUGUCUUAAUCUUCGGCAGAGACAUAAGCCUCACUGCUUGAUGCAUAUUGGAAUACAUGCUUCCACGUGAAUGUAAAAAUUUCAGUUACAAA